UUGUAGUUGGUGUACGCUUUGCGCAUGCGACCUUGUCAAAUUGACCUAAGAUAGUUUCAUGUCUGCAUCCCAUAGACCUUUGAUAGGAGGCGGUGGGCUUUAUGUCAAUGGAGGCGGAGAUGUGGUGGCCCCGGUGAACCAGGAGGAAAAAGAGAUGGUGGGUUCUUGGCGGCCUGGAUAUUAUCCACAGGAGGCAAACUGGAACAGAGAAAGAGCAAUGGAUGGAGCUCAGAACUCCACUUAUCCUGCCUAUGAUCCUAACCUUUGGCCUGGGAAUCCUCAGUGUACUUACCCUUCUAAUAUCCAUGGAUGUCAGAGAACACAACCAAAUACAAAUUACUCAUAUGGAAAUCCUUAUCCUCAAGCUCCACUGAAUCCACCAUAUCCAAGUGUCCAUUCAUCAAAUCAAUACUACCAUCCACCACCUCCACAGCCGCCUUACUCCGUAGACCACUACAAGUCAUCAUGUGGGGCUCCACCACCUCCUCCUCAAUGGGGGUACCCUCACAAUACCAGUAACAAUAUUUCUAGGCAACCUCCAUAUCCAGUUCAGGAUCCAUCUCAUACUUUCAGUUACAAUCCACAAACACCUCUCCAAAGUUGUGACUCAGGAACUUUACAACCUGGCUCUGCAGAUCCUAAACCACCAAAUCCACAUUACAGUUCUGCUCCCAAAAUAUAUAAACAGAAGGACUCUGAAACAGACAAAACUGAAAUUAGCAUGAAAGAAAAAAAAUCAGUCACUGAUGACAACCACCCAGGCAUUGUAAAAAUCCGACACAUUUUGGAUAAAGUAGAGGAUCUAGAAAGAGAGGUAGAUGAGUUUGUAGGAAUGAAGACGGAUAUGAGUUAUCGAUGUUUAGAAGAAAUGUUGACGAAAGAAUUAUUGGAACUGGAUUCUGUAGAUACUGGUGGACAAGUUAGUGUGCGCCAAGCAAGAAAAGAAGCUGUGAAAAAACUGCAGCUGAUUCUAGAAAAAUUAGAACGAAAAGGAUUUUAGUUCUGCAGUAAACGUUGAAGCAAAUGGAAAUAAAUUGAGACAUACUGUGAAAAAUAUAAUUUCAAAAAACAAACAUUGUAUACCCAAAGAAGUGGUGUCAAAAAAAAUCAAGAUUAGUGGUAUCAGCUUUCUUAAAAUGCUUAAAAAAAAACACUUGUCCCAGUUUUACAGAAUUCUUUAAAUCUAAACUGAUUGAUGGUAUUGGAUAUAUUUUUUGACUUUGAUAAAGUUGAAUCACAAAAAUGGGUUAUAGUUUUUUGCAGGUAAAACACAUUUUGGGGAAAUAUAGAUUUAUUUGUAAUUAAACUAUAAGGAGCAAAAUCACAAUUACAAAUUAAAUUGUUAACAAUCACAAAUAAAACAUUUUUUUUCUAUA